AGUGAAUCAGAAUAUUCUUUAUGGUCAGGGGAAAAGUGAAAAUUUUGUCUGGAGAUCAGGAAAAAGUCAGGGAAAAAUAAAAUUAAAUAUUUGUGGCAACCUUGAAUUUUUUAAAAUCUAAACGAUUGAUUGUUCAGAAUCGUAAGAAAAGUCUAUACAAAAUUCGGCAAUAAAAAAUAAUAAUAAAUGUGGUAGUAGUUGAAUUUUUUAAGUAUUAUUACUAUAAUAAAAUUUGAACCAACAAAAAAACCUUGAAAAUUUCCUAGAAACCUUGAAAAAACCGAGAAAUAGACGUGAAUUUUAUUCAGGAGUUUUGGUGGCCACCCUGCGAAUGUUACCUGGGUUUAUUACUAUAUGUUACGUUCUUACAUUGUUACAUCCAUGUAUUUUUCGAGAGUGGGGGGUUACGUACGUAUGUUACCUUAUGUAACAUACGUAGAAAACCUCGAGUUUGUUACAUUUACCCAUCCCUGGGUUAAUGAAUGAAAAUAACGAAAAUAUCAAGCGUCUUUUUUUUCAUAAAUUAAUUUUUCGUGAACCUCGUGGACUGAUACCUAACCAAAAGUUCAUUUGUUUUAAAUUUAUUCAUUUCUUUAAAAACUAUUCAGUUAUUCCUUUUAAUUCGCUUUAAUACUUGUAUUCUAAUUGACGUGUACGCAUUUAGAAAUAUUUGCAAUUUGAUUAAAAAUGAACAGAAAAAUUGAUCUUUCGAAGUUUGAAGGUGUAACUUUUUCAUCCAAUGAGAUGUUAAAAGAAGUAAAAUGUCAAGACUCAACAAAUGAACUUGUUCUGUUUGUGGAGAGUGUGACAGCUCCAACUGUGACUGGGAAAGAUGGGAAGCAUUUUUUACAAACCGCUGUUUUAAGCAAUGCUAAUGGUUCGAAAGUUGUUUUGAAAAUUUGGAAUGAGCAGAUAAAAAGAACGAAUGGACUCAUUCGUCAAAAUUUCAUUUUGCAUUUGGAUGCUGUUGCUUCCAAAAAACAAUUUUUUUCAAAUCAAGAUUUAGGAGGAAACUUGCAUUUUGAUUUAUCAAUACAAUCAAAUACAAAAAUAACUGUUUUAGGGGUGCAAAAAACAGACACAGAAGAUAAAACUUUGGAGUGCACCUUUGAAACAAUUCAAAAUGCUCCAAAUGGAAGUGAAAUUGAAAUAAUUGGCUAUAUAAAAACUGCUUUUCAAGCAGUUAAGGGAAAAAACAAUCAAUACCAACAUGCUUGCUGCUCAAUAAUGGAGGACAAUAAAAAAUUGGAGAUGAAAAUUAAUAAUUUUGAAUUGGAAAACUUGAAUCAAUUUGAAAAAGGCUUGAAAAUUAAAGUCAGAGGAAAAAUUAACUUUGGAAAUCCUCCAGUCUUAGAGGUAACAGACUUAAAUAAGCUGGAAAUAAUAAGCACUGAGAAAGUGACAGCAGCGUACUUGAGCAAAGGAAUGCUCAGAAUUAAAAAAUUAAAUAAAAGUACCGAAGUUAACGACAAUGUUGUCGAAAAAAAACCAAAAAAUUAAUUUUUUUCAGUUCACGAUUGAAUUUAUUUUUUUU